CAUAAUGCAAAAAAAUCUGCUAUCCUUAAACUGGCAACACUGACACUUAUCUGUCAAAGAAAAGUGACAUGCGGUUUACGGAUUUCAGUAUGAACGAUUUUAUUUUUCAAACUAUUUGUUUCUAAAACAUAAAAAUUUCAUGUGUAAUGUCGUUAUUCGAUAACGCUGUUUUUAAUUCCACCUUGUACGAGGCUCUGUAUCUUCAAAUCGGGGAUACUUUGUCGUUCGCAAGGGAUUUCUUUGAUUCGUGUCUAACGUCGUUACCUAUUGAAAGUUUUCCGAAAUCAAUCGUUAAUUUCACUGAAUUAUCUUUCUACGACGAGCUAGCGGAGGUAUUAUACUUCAACGAGUUCCAAUUCCUGUUGUUGAAGACAUUUUUCUUGAUUCUUUUGUUUACGUUGUUAUUGAUUUUCAUUUCGUGGCGAGUGUACGGUAAACGUAUAUCUGAGCGGUUUAUGAAACCGGCCACAUCGGCAACAAUAGAACAGCUAAAAGAAAGUGUAUCAAAACUAAAACUACCCAAGGAACACACACCAAGAAUCUAAUUUAAUCUAAGCAAAAUGACGGAUAGAAUAAAAAAGUUUUUUCAAAAAAAGAAGACGGAUGCCAGAUUCAAAAUGGCAGGACCUGGCCACAAACUGAGUGAGUCCACUCUUAGCAGCCAGAGUUCCAAUGUCCAAUGUUCGAAAAAGGAGGUUCCAAUGAAAAGGUCUGGUUUGUCGGAAGAGAGUAAGGUUGCCGCUGAAGCUGCUUUGUCUAGGCUUCAGCAGAAAAGGGAGAAUCCAUCCUUUAAUACUUCAUUGGCUGCUAUACAGGCCCAAGUAAAAAAAGAACUAGAGAAUGAGCGAGCCAAUCAGAUGUCAGAGGCAUCUGCCUCUAAGUCAAUGACUACACCAUCUGAAAUUCAUAAGAGAGAGAUAGAAGAUGUGCCUAGGAACUAUGCAGCCAGUGGCGUUUAUUUCAAAUGUCCACUGAUAAGUAAUGAUAUACUUCCCCGGGACGAAUGGAAGAAGAACAUCAAAACGUUCCUGUACGAACAGCUGGAGGAGGAGAGAGGUCUCACUGCCUGUCUCAUCAUACAGUCCUGUAAUAAUAAUAGGGAAAAGGUUGACACAUGCGUGGAGACAUUGUGCAAGUACUUAGAGAAUAUAAUAACGCAACCUGAAGAGGAGAAAUUUCAGAAAAUUAGGAUGAGUAACAGGCCACAACUGUGCGCUUCUCUCGCAGCUUUCUACCCCGCACAGCGAAUCUGGAGAAUGAUCUGUCGUCAGCAGUUUUUCCGAACCGAUACGACCUUUAAACCUUUAAGAAAAGAGCGUAGAGUAUUUGCAGAACGAGUCCAACCUAUAGAAGGUUCGAUGGAGCUGCUACUGGCAGCAGGUUUCAUACAACAGAAGGUUCCAAAUGCAGACGGGAUGGAAGAGGAUUUCCUCGUCUUCCAGAAGGAGAAUGUGCCCUCUGUUGAGAGUUUAGUGACCCUAAUAGACGGUCUAAGAACAGCAGAGCCGAUACAACUAGAACUAGACAGGAACCUCCAAGUGUUGCUGCCGUCGCAGGCCGCUAACAAGGUGCAGCUGCCACCUUCGUUCUAUGCACUGUCGCCUGAGGAAAUUAAGAGGGAACAGCAGUUGAGACAAGAAGCUAUAGAAAGGAGUCAAAUGCUCAGAACUAAAGCUAUGCGAGAGAAGGACGAAAUUAGGGAAAUGCGUAAAUACAAGUUCGCCAUCAUAAGGGUACGCUUCCCAGAUGGAAUACUGUUACAGGGAACAUUUUCAGUUUACGAACGCUACAAUGAUAUACACGAAUUCGUCCGAGAAAAUCUCGAACAUGACCUUCCAUUCGUGCUAAGCAUGCCAACAGGUCAUAAGGUGACGUUAGAAGAAGAUGCGAAUAAGACCCUUAUUGACCUACGAUUAGUACCGGCGACAAUACUCACAUUCGCUUGGCACUCGUCUGUUGCUGAACAAAUUCAUAAUAGUCCGAAUAAAGACGUGUUUUUGAAGCCCGAAGUCAUGGUUUUGGUGCAAGAAGUGUAAGGUAUAUUGUUGUUGAUGCAUUGCGUUUAGGGUUAGUGCAAAAUGGGCCUUAUGUUAUACACGUUAUGGUAUAGUUU